AUGUGGCGGUGUGAGCUUCUCGCACUCUUCUCGUUUUAUGCGAUCACUGGGCUCCUCCCAGUUCAGGCAUGUCCGACGGAAUGUCACUGCAUCGGUCAAGCGCGAGUGUCCGUCUACUGCGAUUUUCGGGGACUUGAGCAAGUGCCGAUCAACAUCCCUGUAACCACGACGUAUUUGGAUCUCUCUGGGAACAAGUUCACAAAAGUGGUGCCCGAAAUGUUUCUCGGCUACGUGACCGACAGCGAAGGCGCGUUCACCACACAGACAGCCCCUCUAACGCAACUAAAAGUGAUACAUCUGAACUUGAAUCCCGUUCGUGUUGUCAACGAACAUGCCUUCGAUACGACUCCAUCGCUGGAACUAAUCUACUUGCCGUUUGACGUCAAGAUCCAACGUCAAACGUUUGCCGAGAUGAAGACGGACAAGUUGACGUUUGACGGCUACGUUCGUGUGGAGACUCAUCCACUAGAAGACCCCCACUUUGUUGCAUUCUCUCGAUCUUCUUAGAGAUUGCCAAUACACGUAGCUUUAUCGCUUGCUAUUCACCGUU